AUGUCUUCCGUCUUCUUUGCCAACCUCGGCCCGGCGCCACCGGAGCGGCCGCCACCACCUGGUUUUUGCGCGGUAGAGUUGAACAAAACGCGCUGGGUGGUGCCUGAUCGCUACGGGAACCUGCAAACUCUGGGAGAAGGCGCGUAUGGAGUCGUCAGCACGGCCGAAUAUCGGGCGACCGGGGAACGUGUGGCGAUCAAGAAAUUUUGCCGUCCUUUCCAGUCGACGAUCCACGCCAAACGGACUUAUCGGGAACUGAAGUUGCUGCGUACACUCUGCCAUGACAACGUUAUCGACAUGAUCGAUGUUUUUACUCCCGACCCCGAAGUAUCAUUGCUCAACGACGUCUACUUCGUGUCGAUUCUCAUCGGUGCCGACUUGCAGAACAUCAUGAAGAUCCAGAGACUGGGAGAUGAUCAGGCCCAGUUAUUAAUCUACCAGAUACUACGCGGCCUAAAGUACAUCCACUCUGCCGGUAUUAUCCAUCGCGACCUAAAGCCGAGUAAUAUUGCCGUCAACGAGAGAUGUGAGGUGAAGAUUCUGGAUUUUGGACUGGCUCGACCGGCUGAUAUCGAAAUGACAGGCUACGUGGCCACACGUUGGUACCGUGCCCCUGAAAUUAUGCUAAACUGGAUGCAUUACUCGCAAACUGUUGACGUUUGGUCUGUUGGUUGUAUCAUGGCCGAGCUGAUCUCCGCGCGGCCAAUAUUCCCUGGCGAUGACCACAUUGAUCAAUUGACUCGCAUCAUGGGUGUCGUCGGCACACCAAAUGAGGAAUUUUUGAGCAAGAUCCAAUCAGAAGAGGCGCGGAAUUACAUAAAGAACUUGCCACGCAUGCCUCGCCAAUCCUUCAGCGUUUUGUUCCCGAAUGCAAGCCCAGAUGCUGUAAAUCUGCUGGAACGCAUGCUGGUCCUUGAUCCGGACCGGCGCAUUACCGUGGAUGAGGCUCUACGUCAUGAAUACGUUAAAGAGUGGUGGGCCCCUGAGGACGAGCCGGUAGCUGAACAGCCCGUAUCCACUGAUGCCGAGGAGGAACAGGCUCAGACUCUCGACGAUUGGCGAGAGCUAAUUUGGCGCGAGAUGGGCAUCUUCCACCGUUCUCCACGGCACAUCAGCUGUUUCGCCAGCAUCCAGGAUCUAGAGAACAAACUACGCCCGCUACCCGUAAUCCACGAU